UAUCGCGACAAAACCACAGAAGAAUUCCUGUGGUCAAAACCAAAUUUUUUACCAGGAAAUUUUCAAAUGUCCUAAAAAUGUCAAACGCAACAGACGCAGAGUUUUCGACUAUAAAAAAUUUCCAACUUUACUACAUGCCGAUUUUAAUAACAACCGGCCUAAUAGGAAACUCGCUUUCCAUCGUCGUGUUCUGCAAGACGAAGCUGAAAAAAUUGUCGUCGGCGUAUUACUUGACGGCGCUCGCUAUAAGCGAUAACGUUUUCUUGUGCUCGUUAUUCACGAUUUGGUUGGAGAUUUUCGAAGUGGACGUCUACAAUCGCGACGGGUUUUGUCACGUUUUCACUUACGCUAACGAUGUGGCCUUUUUCCUGAGUGUAUGGCUGGUUGCCGCGUUUACUUUCGAGCGGUUCAUAGUUGUGAAGUACCCGUUUUUAGGACGGACCUUGUGUACUAGAGAGCGCGCUAAAGUUAUCAUAUUAGUGCUCGUGAUUGUUUCCUUGACUUUUUAUUCGACGAAAUUUUUUUUCAAAUGCAACGUAUACAUAGAAGUGUUCUCAAACAUAUUUUUUUGUGUCGAUAUUAUUGUCACUAGCCUAAUACCAGUAACACUGGUUAUAUUUCUAAACAUCUUCAUAAUCAAGACAAUUUUAACAUUAUCCGGAACCAGGAAAGCUUUAACGCAACAAUCGAACACCGAGAAUUGCAACAAAAAUGUUAUGAGAUCACAAAAUAAAAUUACGAAAAUGUUGUUGGUUAUAUCGACGGUUUUUUUGGUUUCAGCCUUUCCAAAUUAUAUAUUUGUGAUGUAUUAUAUAUAUUUGUACCAGGCAGGCUUAGAGGCUCAUUUGGUUUCGUUUACUCUUCCAAAGUGGUGCGAAAUAAUUUUUUACACAACAUUUUGCAUCAAUUUUUUCGUUUACUGUUUAAGUGGGGAAGAUUUUAGAAGCGCACUGUGUGGAAUAUUUAAAAAGAAAGGACAAAGGAAAGGACAAGAAACUCAGGCUUUGCAAGGUAUUUAAUCCAUAUCGACAGGUUCAUCGCAUCAUCAAGAUAACCAUCAAAUUGCAA